AUGACGGCUGAGUGGCUACUCUUCCUGACGGCGGCCGGAUCGAUCCUGGGGUCUGCCUCAGGUCUGCCGACAUGGCCCUCCUCGGUAGAUGAGCUAGAAGAUAUCAUGUUCUUGAACACUGGCUACCAGGCAAGAGCUUUCCCCGCCGACAUCACGCCGUGUUCAUUCUCGCCAGACGGCCCGUCGAGGAUUUCCUCAGCAGAAUGGCUUCGCACAGCUUUCCACGACAUGGCCCCAGGUAACGCCUUCACCGGUGUAGGAGGACUGGAUGCGUCUUUGCAGUAUGAGUUGGGAGGAGACGGCGGGGAAAACAUCGGUACCGCGUUUAAUAACACUCUACUCUCCUUCACGCCUUUUUUUUCAUCUCGAGCAUCACUGGCCGAUCUCAUUGCACUGGGUGUGUAUACAUCAGUUCGAGUCUGCGGUGGCCCGACCAUCCCUAUUCGCACAGGCCGCAUUGAUGCCACUGCAGCUGGACCGAUAGGAGUGCCGUUGCCGCAAAAUUCACAGUAUACGUUCAUCCAGCAGUUUUCGCGUAUGGGCUUCAAUGUGUCGGAAAUGAUUGCCCUGACAGCGUGCGGUCAUACUAUCGGCGGCGUUCAUGCCAGCAACUUCCCCGAGGUGGUACAGUCUGGGACAGUCCCAAAUGACUACCAGCACUUCGAUUCGACGACAAAGUUUGAUGAGAAGAUUGCCUCAGAAUAUAUCGGUGGAAACACCUCAGAUCCGCUAGCUGGGCCAUUGGCAAUAAAGAAUACCUACGACUCGGAUAUGGCAGUCUUUACCGCUGACAAUUCUACAAUUCGCCUCAUGGCCGACCCUGAGUACUUUCAAUCCCGUUGCCAGGUGAUGCUUCAGCGAAUGAUUGAGGUUGUCCCUGCUGGGGUGGCUCUCACGGACCCAAUUGCUCCUUAUGAGGUAAAGCCGAGUAACUUGCAGUUAACAAUACAGCCCGGUGGCACUCAGCUGCAAUUUACUGGUGAGAUCCGUGUCCGAACAACAAACCUCAGCGGUGAUAUUUCGAACGUUCAACUUGUAUAUGUUGACCGCGACGGCGCUUCCACUUGCGGAUCCUGUGUUAUCGGAACGCAGUACGCGGGAACAGCCAAUGGCUUUGAUGAUUCUUUUGUCUUCUAUAGCUUCUCUGCAACAUUGCCGGCCAAGGCCUCUAUCUCGUCAUUCACUGUGCAGGUGACGGCUGGUGGUAAUACAGUGACCCAUAAUAAUAAUGGGAAUGGGUAUCCAGUUCAGGACAACAUUUUGUUUCAAAAUCCCCAAAGCUGCAUAGCCGGUUCAACUGACAGCAACGGUAAUACCAAAAUGACAGUUACUGCCGCGGUCCGUAACACAGUCACUUCAGGCACUUCAACCCUCUCUGUAGAGGUCAAAACACCUCGAUCCUGCUGUGUUGUUCCGGGGCUGUCCACCGUUAACGUCACGAUGGCAAAGACAGGAACGAUUGGCGAAUACGACCUGUAUAGAGGGAGCUAUGCUCUUACACCCAAACAGAUUACUACAUCCAAAUUCAGCGUUUCGAUCGGGAAAUUUUCUGAUAGUUUCAAAAGCACAGCACUUACUGGCUCCUGCUCGGAACUGAGUGGCUCUAGUCCGGUAGCGUAUAGCUAUCUUGGCUGCUACACCGACGACGUCAACUCCAGAACAUUCCCAGCCGCGACUACCAGUGACAACAACAUGACCCUGACGGAGUGUUCGAACUUCUGCAGUGGCUAUCCAUAUUUUGGAACUGAAUAUACAACACAGUGUUUUUGCGGCUCUAGUCUAAGCAACUCGACUACCGAGGCUGCGGAGACGGAUUGCAACAUGCUUUGUGGAGGAGAUAGCACAGAAUCAUGCGGUGGACCCAGCAGGCUUUCCGUCUACACGAACAACAAGUAUGUCAUCCCAGGAGGAACUACAAUUCCGGGCUAUCAAUAUCUUGGCUGUUACAACGACACAGCUGCCGCUCGCAGUCUUUCUGGCACCUACACAUACAACAGCAAGAUGACAGUAGAGUCUUGUGCUACUUUCUGCAAUGGUGCCACUUAUUUCGGUGUAGAGUACUACAGCGAAUGCUACUGUGGUGACACUCUGGCAGCAGAUAGCACCAAACAGUCAGUGACUGAUUGUUCUUUUCCCUGCUCUGGGAACAGCAGCGAAUUCUGCGGUGGUGGUAACAGAAUGAAUUUGUACCAGCUGGGCUCAACUAUUGUGACGACUUCUUCAGAUCCAGUCUCUUCCAGCACGACACCAACCACCGUUGCAUCCUUGCCUACAACCGUCACUAUCCUAACUACCACAAGCACAGCUGCAUCUAGCAGUACUUCGUCAACCAUCGUAUCCUCAUCAUCUUCUACAACCGUAUCCACCAGCGCUAUGUUAACCUCCGAUCCCCCACCAUCUUCUACGAGCGUACCUGCAUCUCUCUCGGCUACCUUCAGCACUACUGGAUCUACCAGCGCAACUACCACCAGUGACACUACAACUGCUACAGGGUUACCCGCUGGAUGGGCCUACCGGGGUUGCUAUGUGGACAAUAUCGGUGGCGUUCGUUCUAUGCUCGUCCAAGAAAAUGAUAACUCUACAAUGACCAUCGAAUCCUGCAUUAGUCAAUGUAUAUCCUUGGACUAUACCGUGGCAGGCAUGGAAUAUUCCCAACAGUGCUUCUGUGAUAACUACGUGCGUAACAAUGCUUCGUUGGCAACCUCGGAUUCCCAGUGUGCCAUGACCUGUGCCGGGAGUACAAAUGAAAUUUGUGGUGGACCUAAUCUCCUCAGUGUCUAUUCUAACGCCGAAAUAACCGUUUUACCUCCGCCGACAGCUCAAACAACGGAUUUACCUGGAUCCUGGGUCUACAAGGGCUGCCUUCAGGACAACGUUAAUAACACACGAACUUUCCCCUAUAUGAUUACUUACGCAAACAAUAACUCGGCGACUGCUUGUCUUUCUCGUUGCCAAGAGUACGGAUUCCAGGCGGCCGGUAUGGAGUACGGUGAACAGUGCUUCUGCGGCGACACAUUUGACAUUGGCCCUGAUGUUCAAAUCGUCCCUGAUUCUCAAUGCAACAUUCUCUGCACUGGUGAUACCUUUCACUAUUGUGGCGCCGGAAACCUCCUUAGUUACUACGUUUGGGAAGGCGACACUCCUUUGUACGAUUGGACAUAUGCUUCGGGAAAUGACGCUGGUCUUUACCAGUUCCUGAUCGGUGGUGUUGUGGUGCCUUUGAUGACUACCGUUAAUAUUAAUGGGAAAGUCACCUUCUUAGAAAAAUGGGGUACCGGACCUCCAAACACUACCGGUGCCUAUGAGCUGGAUCUAUUUUAUGAGACUGAUUUUGAUAAAGCAUGGCGGCCGAUGCACGUCAAAACAGAUAUUUUUUGCUCCGCCGGUCUCGUUCUUCCUGACAAGGCCGGAAGGCAGCUUACUGUUGGAGGGUGGUCAGGAGUGUCCACCGAAGGAAUCCGACUUUAUUGGCCGGAUGGCUCUCCAGGAAACCCCGGUAUCAAUGACUGGCAGGAAAACCAGAACGAACUCACUCUACAGGAUGGUCGUUGGUAUCCUUCUGGUAUGAUCAUGGCUAAUGGUUCUAUCCUUAUUGUUGGUGGUGAGACAGGGUCCAAUGGCCCCCCUGUUCCUACCCUCGAAAUCCUGCCGAAAGUUGGCCCAACACUCUACAUGGAUUGGUUGCAACGUACGGAUCCUAACAAUCUGUAUCCAUUUAUGGGAGUUUUGCCUUCCAAGACGAUUCUAGCUGCUUAUUACAAUGAGGCUCGUUUGUUGGAUGAGGCCACAUUCCAGACGGUUCGAACGCUGCCGAACAUGCCUGGUGCCGUCAACAACGAUCUCGGCGGGCGUACUUAUCCUCUCGAAGGCACUAUGGUGUUCUUCCCCCAGUAUGCUCCAUACACAGAUCCUGUGAGGGUUCUCAUAUGCGGUGGCUCAACUCCCUAUGGCGGGGAUGCUAUCGACAAUUGUCUCUCCAUUCAGCCCGACGUUCCGGGACAGAAUUGGACAAUUGAGCGCAUGCCCUCAAAACGUGUCAUGACAUGCAUAACUCCCCUCCCAGACGGCACUUUUCUCAUUCUGAAUGGAGCUCACCAAGGUGUUGCCGGCUUCGGUCUUGCUACUAGUCCCAAUUUAAAUGCUGUCCUAUACGACCCGACAAAGCCAGUCAAUAAGCGUAUGACAGUGAUGGCAAAUACCACCAUUGCUCGUCUUUACCACUCUGAGUCAGUUCUCCUACCUGAUGGGCGGGUGUUAGUCUCCGGCUCGGACCCAGAGGACGGUACACAUCCCCAAGAAUACAGAGUAGAGGUGUUCAUUCCGCCGUACAUCCUAUCUGGAGCCCCACGACCAGCAUAUACCAUCACCGAAACUGAUUGGGCAUACGGAGGCACAUACAUCAUCACAGUUACCGCCGGCAACAUUGCAAACUUGAAGGUGUCCCUGAUUGGUCUCAUCUCAACCACUCACGGAAACAGUUUCGGCCAUCGCACUUUCUUCCCAGCAUUUACUUGCCAAGGUAAUCAGUGUACUAUUACUGCCCCUCCGGACCCGUGGACUUCUCCUCCUGGCUGGUUUCACCUGUUCAUCCUUGACGGUCCUACCCCGUCCCACAGCUCCUUCGUUCGAAUCGGAGGAGAUCCUGGAGAACUGGGUAAUUGGCCAGAUCUUCCUGACUUCAACGUUCCUGGUGUCUAA